CUUAAUUUCGGUGGCAAAGCAUCACCUGACUAAAGCUAGAAGAUUUGUACUUAAGGGCGUUUGAAUGGAUUGAAAAAAUUCAAUCCGUGACAGGACAAAAAAAAACAUUCAAAAUCAGAGAGCAAGCGCGCAACUGACUGGAUCUCUCUCUUACUUUUCCCGAAUUACAGAAAUGGCUCCCGCUGUGAGUGAAUGAAAAAAAAAAAUACAUUGGAACGAUUUUUUAUUUUUUUCUUUUCCCAUGUUGGAUCAUUGGAUUAUGGGCUUUCAACGAUACUAUGACAACGCCUCUGAAUAAGGCUAACAAGAAGGUCUCGCACAAGUUCACCAUUGACUGCUCCGGCCCAGCUGGUGACAAGAUCUUUGAUGCCGCUGCUUUCGAGAAGUUCCUUCACGAUCGCAUCAAGAUUGAGGGCCGCACUGGAGGUCUUGCCGACAAGGUGACCAUUACCCGUGCAGAUGAUGCCAAGAUCACUGUUGUUGCCAACCAGGAGUUCUCUAAGCGUUACCUCAAGUACCUUACCAAGAAGUUCUUGAAGAAGCACCAGCUCCGCGACUGGCUCCGUGUCCUUGCCUCUGACAAGGGUACUUAUGAGCUCCGCUACUACAACAUCGCCAACCAGGAGGAUGAUGAGGAUGAGGAAUAAAUAUAUCUUUAUAUAUGUAUAUAUUUCUUUCCUUUCUCUCUCUCUCUCUCCACCUCCCCUUUUACAUGGAGAUUCUUGUUGAAUAAAAAAAAAAAAA